CUCCUCCACAGCACCAAGCAGGCAUUAAAUACAGCUCAGUGCGCCUUGCUCGUCCUUCUCAAUCAGACCAAUUAGUGUCCAGUGGCUGUAGAAGCUCAUUGUCACUUCUGUUGCCGUCGCUGUUUGACAGAGCGCUCAAGAUGACUCAUCAGUUCCCAUCACUGUCUCCGGAGCAGAAGAAGGAGCUCUCUGACAUUGCUCAGAGGAUCGUUGCUCCAGGAAAGGGAAUCCUGGCUGCAGAUGAGUCAACAGGAACCAUGGGAAAACGUUUCCAGAAAAUCAACGUGGAGAACACAGAGGAGAACCGCCGCUCCUUCCGUGACAUCCUCUUCUCCUCCGAUCCCUCCAUCGCUAACAGCGUGGGUGGUGUCAUUCUCUUCCACGAGACUCUCUAUCAGAAAGCAGACAGCGGCAAGCCCUUCCCCCAGGUCAUCAAGGAUAAGGGAAUUGUCGUCGGCAUCAAGGUGGACAAAGGGACGGCUGGUCUAAAUGGAACAGAUGGAGAGACCACCACACAAGGUCUUGAUGGUCUCUCUGAGCGCUGUGCCCAGUAUAAGAAGGAUGGUUGUGACUUUGCCAAGUGGAGGUGUGUCCUCAAGAUCUCAGAAGGCUGCCCAUCAGCUCUCGCCAUUGCAGAGAACGCCAAUGUCCUUGCCAGAUAUGCCAGUAUCUGCCAACAGAACGGCCUGGUGCCUAUUGUGGAGCCAGAGAUCCUGCCUGACGGAGACCAUGACCUCCUGCGUUGCCAGUAUGUCUCUGAAAAGGUUCUGGCUGCUGUGUACAAGGCUCUGUCUGACCACCACGUGUACCUGGAGGGCACUCUGCUGAAGCCCAGCAUGGUCACUGCUGGUCACUCCUGCGCCAAGAAGUACACCCCUCAGGAAGUUGCCAUGGCAACUGUCACCACUCUGAGACGCACCAUUCCCGCUGCUGUGCCUGGCAUCUGCUUCUUGUCUGGAGGCCAGAGUGAGGAGGAGGCCUCCCUCAACCUCAAUGCCAUGAACCAGGUGCCCCUCACUCGCCCCUGGAAGGUGACCUUCUCUUAUGGCCGUGCACUCCAGGCCUCUGCCCUGGCAACCUGGCAGGGCAAAGCAGCCAACAAGGCAGCUACACAGGAAGUUUUCUGCAAAAGGGCCAAGAUCAAUAGCCUGGCUUCCAAAGGAGAGUACAAGCCCACUGGCUCAGCUGACCAGGCCUCCAUGCAGUCUCUGUACACUGCCAGCUAUAUCUAUUAAAUACUGUGAACAAUAAAAAAAAAAAUGAUUACCAAAUUUCACAUGGACCAAACAAGAAGACAUUCCUCUGCUGGAAUACCCUCUCCCUCAGACUGCCAACAGCAAUCCAUAACAAUGUUGUACUACUGUUUGUCUACUCAAUGAAAUGGAUGGAAAUAAAUUAAGUGAAUGGUGA